GCUGCUGCAGCCGUUGAUGACGUUCGGUUGGCCCAUCGGCUCCUUUUUGGGGUCCUUUGCGCCUACGCCCCGCGGCACCACUCGCUCCUCGUCCGGUAUCCGCGAUGGAUCGAUUCACGCGCAAAGAUGAUGGCGAUGCGCUGCCACUGUACCAGAACCCGCCCGAGUCAAGGUCGGCAGGGGUAGCUGCGGAGCUGGAGCGGUCGUGGUCUACUUCACCCAGGCUGGGUCCUCGGACAACAUCGGCGCAGUCAAGAACUGUGGCCGACGAAUAUUCGUGCCUGACCCCAGCCGAAGUCGCUUCACGGUUAAAGACGUCGCUAACACACGGCCUCACUCCCGCCGAAGCCCUCUCGAGGUUACGAGACUAUGGCCCGAACGAGAUCCCACACGACGAGCCCGAGCCGAUAUGGCUGCGAUUCCUCAAGCAGUUCCAGGAGCCGCUUAUAGUUUUGCUCCUGGUCUCUGCCGGCGCGUCACUCCUGGUGGGAAACAUGGACGAUUCCGUGAGCAUCACCGUCGCAGUGACCAUCGUGGUCAGCGUGGGCUUCAUCCAAGAAUACCGCUCCGAGAAGUCCAUUGAGGCGCUCAACCAUCUCGUACCGAACCACGCCCAUCUCAUCCGCAAACAAGCACCGAAUUCUUCUCCCGGCGCGCGGUCGCCAAACUGGCCGGGCGACAAAACCCCGGAUUCCACCCCCGGCUCGGCCACACCCCAAGAAGAAGUGCUCGAGGCGACCUCGUCCAAGGUCAUGGCCGCGCAGCUGGUGCCGGGCGAUCUCGUGCUGUUCACCACUGGCGACCGCAUCCCCGCCGAUAUCCGGGUGACCAAGGCCACCGACCUGACCAUCGACGCCUCGAAUCUCACGGGCGAGAACGAACCCGUCAGGGUCACCGCGAAUACCCGCCCUCGCCGUGCGAUUGGCGUCUCCAGCCUAGGGAACGCUACUCUGCAACUGCCCCAGCCGUCCGUUGGCGGAGCCUCCAACGGCCACGCGGCCGGGCAUGCAAAGGGGGACCACGACGGACUUCACAAUAUCGCCUACAUGGGGACUCUCGUGAAGUCCGGGCAUGGUCAGGGUAUCGUUUUUGCCACUGGCGGUGACACGCAUUUUGGUACCAUCGCAACCAGUGUGUCCGGAACGGAGAGCCCUCGGUCGCCCCUGCAACUCUCGAUGGACGAGCUCGGUUCUCAGCUCAGCAAAGUGUCUUUUGUUAUCAUUGGCGUUAUCUCGCUCCUCGGCUGGUUUCAAGGAAAGAAGCUGCUGGAGAUCUUCACCAUCUCUAUCUCGCUGGCCGUGGCAGCGAUUCCCGAAGGCCUGCCCAUCAUUGUCACCGUGACUCUCGCCCUGGGCGUCCACCGGAUGGCGAGGCACAACGCAAUCGUCCGCAGGAUGCCCAAAGUUGAAACCUUGGGUUCAGUCAACGUGGUCUGCACCGACAAGACAGGGACCCUGACGAUGAACCACAUGACGACCGCCAAGAUGUGGUACUUUGGGGCAGACAAGGUGGUCGACGUUGAGUCCGAUGACGAGGCGGAGAACAAACUCGACGCUGCCACGCUUAGAAUCCUGCGCAUCGGCAACAUUGCCAACAACGCGCGCCUCGCCCGCAAGUCCAACGAGAACGGUGCGGCCGCGCGAGCCGUCCUGUCCUCGACCGAAAAUAGGGGCCACGCCUCGACAUACACCCGCUGGGUUGGUCAGCCCACCGAUGUUGCCAUGCUCGACAUGCUGGAUCGCUUCAAGGAGCACGACAUCCGGGAUGCCAUCGGGCCCAGGGUGUCCGAGACGCCCUUCAGCUCGGAACGCAAGUGGAUGGGCGUUACGAUCGGAAGCGAGGGCGGGAAGGGUGACAAGGAGUUCGCGUACAUGAAAGGCGCCAUCGAUAAGGUCCUCGACGCCUGCGAUACCUACGUCACCAAGGAUGGCAGGGAGGUCGUUCUGGACUCUGCGCGGCGACAGGAGGCCCUGCAGGCUGCCGAGGAGAUGGCGUCCACGGGUCUCCGAGUCUUGGCUUUCGCGAGCGGGCCCGUCUCCAAGCCGAGAAGCGGCAGACCAGGCGCUAGGAGUAACACUCCUGGCUCGGACAGGGCGGAGAGCCCUGUUCACCACGGAUCCGAGGAACAGUAUAAAGGCCUCACCUUUGCCGGCCUGGUGGGCAUGAGUGAUCCGCCCCGACCUGGCGUCGGGCGCUCCAUCAGGAAGUUGAUGCGCGGCCGUGUCAAGGUCAUCAUGAUCACCGGCGACGCCGAAACUACUGCCCUCGCCAUCGGCAAGCAGCUGGGCAUGGCGAUUGCUACCCCCACUGCGCACGCGUCCAACCAAGUCACGAUCAAGCCGGUCCUUCGCGGCGACGAGAUCGACGCCAUGUCGGACGAAGAGCUCGCAAGAGCAAUGGAGCACACCACCAUCUUUGCACGAACCAACCCCGACCACAAGCUGAAGAUCAUCAGGGCGCUCCAGUCUCGCGGCGAUAUUGUCGCCAUGACGGGCGACGGCGUCAAUGACGCGCCGGCUCUGAAGAAAGCCGACAUUGGCAUCGCCAUGGGCAUGCACGGCACCGACGUCGCCAAGGAGGCCGCCGACAUGAUCCUCACCGACGACGACUUCUCCACCAUCCUCCACGCCAUCGAAGAAGGCAAGGGCAUCUUCAACAACAUCCAGAACUUCCUCACCUUUCAGCUCUCCACGAGCGCGGCCGGUCUCUCUCUCGUCCUCCUAUGCACCGCGUUGGGGUUCAAGUCCCCGCUUAACGCGAUGCAGAUUCUCUGGAUCAACAUCAUCAUGGACGGCCCUCCCGCCCAAUCCCUGGGCGUCGAGGCGGUCGACAAGGACGUCAUGAACCGGCCGCCCCGGCGGCGCGGCGACGCGGUGCUCACGCGCCCCCUCAUCACGCGCGUGCUCACGCAGGCGGCGGUCAUCAUGGCGGGCACCAUGCUCGUGUACACGCACGAGAUGCUCGACGACGGCGAGGUGACGCGGCGCGACACCACCAUGACCUUCACCUGCUUCGUCCUCUUCGACAUGUUCAACGCCCUCACCUGCCGCUCCGAGAGCAAGAGCGUGCUGCGCGGCGAGGUCGGCCUCGCCAGCAACACCCUCUUCAACUGGGCCGUCGCCGGCAGCCUGAUCGGCCAGCUGCUCGUCAUCUACUUCCCCUGGCUCCAGGACGUCUUCCAGACCGAGGCGCUCGGGUGGAGCGACCUGCUGAAGCUCCUGUUGCUAUGUAGUAGCGUCUUUUGGGUGGACGAGGCGCGCAAGUGGUGGCGGUAUCGGAACGGGAGGAGAGGCUUUGUCGGGGGUGGGUAUAGCCAGGCCGUUUAAAGAUGUAUGUCCCUGAUUCUUUCUGAUGAUACAUGGACGACGUCUGCUAUCCUUUAUGCUGUAAGUAUGAUAAUUAGAUGUGGAUUGGGUCGGCGGGGGGGCUGGGGUCUGGGCUCUGUGGUACUCUGGGGUGAAGGAAAGGGGAAAAGACUUGUAUAUACUAACUACUAUAGCAUACUACCUACACCUUGGAGUCAGUCUGCUUGCACCGACUUCCUCCCAGGAGGCAAUCGUAACAUGGCCAUACAAACUACGAUAACUGUGUACCCCCUGCGUUGGAUUGGAACGUUAAUA